AUGACGGACGUUGAAGGUUACCAAACUAAGAGCAAGGGGAAAAUCUUCCCGGAUAUGGGUGAGUCCUUCUUCUCAUCAGAUGAAGACUCACCAGCUACUGAUGCAGAGGUCGAUGAGAACUAUGACGAUAACAAGGAAACUUCGAAUGGAGGUGGUGAGGAAAGGGACACUGGUGCCAUGGUGACAGGGCUGAAGAAGCCACGUAAGCGGACGAAGAGUAGCAGGCAUACGGCAACGGAUUCUUCUAUGAACCAAAUGGACGCUAAGGAUAAGGCGCUUUUGCAAGACAAUAAUAGCGAUAUACCAUCGGAUUUUGUUCCAGAUUCUGUCUCAGGGAUGUUUAGAAGCCAUGAUUUCAGUUACUUGAGAUUGAGACCCGAUCAUGCUUCCAGGCCCCUUUGGAUCUCGCCGAGUGACGGUAGAAUCAUACUGGAAAGUUUCUCUCCAUUGGCAGAACAGGCUCAGGACUUUUUGGUCACCAUUGCAGAACCUAUAAGUAGGCCCUCUCAUAUUCAUGAAUACAAGAUCACAGCAUACUCUUUGUAUGCAGCCGUUUCUGUUGGUUUAGAGACAGACGAUAUCAUCUCGGUUUUAGAUAGAUUAUCUAAAGUACCCGUUGCGGAAUCGAUAAUCAACUUCAUUAAGGGAGCUACUAUUUCGUACGGUAAAGUGAAGUUAGUUAUCAAGCAUAAUAGAUAUUUCGUGGAAACUACGCAGGCAGAUAUUUUACAAAUGUUAUUGAAUGAUUCUGUUAUCGGACCUUUGAGGAUAGAUAGUGAUCAUCAGGUGCAACCAGCAGAGGAUACAUUGCAGCAUCUUGAGAAGAGCACCGGAAAACCUGCCGCUAACGUUAAUCCGAACGAUGUGGAGGCCGUGUUUAGUGCAGUUAUAGGUGGCGAUAAUGAGCGGGACGAUGAUGAUGAUGACAUUGAUGCUGUCCACUCUUUUGAAAUUGCCAAUGAGUCUGUUGAAGUCGUGAAAAAAAGAUGCCAAGAGAUAGAUUAUCCCGUGUUGGAGGAAUACGACUUCAGAAAUGAUCAUAGAAAUCCAGAUUUAGAUAUUGAUCUAAAACCUUCCACUCAGAUCAGACCUUACCAAGAAAAAUCACUGAGUAAAAUGUUUGGUAAUGGUCGUGCUCGUUCAGGGAUCAUUGUUUUGCCAUGUGGUGCAGGUAAGACAUUGGUCGGCAUUACUGCGGCAUGUACUAUAAAAAAGUCGGUAAUCGUUUUGUGUACUUCAUCAGUAUCCGUCAUGCAAUGGAGACAACAAUUUUUACAAUGGUGUACCUUGCAACCAGAGAAUUGUGCCGUUUUCACCUCUGAUAAUAAGGAAAUGUUCCAAACAGAAUCUGGUUUGGUUGUUUCCACUUAUUCGAUGGUGGCAAACACAAGAAAUAGGUCCCAUGAUUCGCAAAAAGUUAUGGACUUCUUAACCGGUAGAGAAUGGGGAUUCAUAAUUCUUGAUGAAGUUCAUGUGGUGCCUGCUGCAAUGUUCCGUAGGGUUGUCUCCACAAUUGCAGCACAUGCCAAGUUGGGGUUGACUGCGACUUUGGUCAGAGAAGAUGAUAAAAUUGGUGAUUUAAAUUUCUUAAUUGGUCCGAAACUUUACGAGGCAAAUUGGAUGGAACUGUCCCAAAAGGGACAUAUUGCAAACGUCCAAUGUGCAGAGGUUUGGUGUCCUAUGACAGCGGAAUUUUAUCAAGAGUAUCUAAGAGAAACUGCAAGGAAAAGAAUGUUGUUGUAUAUCAUGAAUCCAACCAAGUUUCAAGCAUGUCAAUUCUUAAUCCAGUAUCACGAAAGGAGAGGUGAUAAGAUUAUUGUCUUUUCUGAUAAUGUCUAUGCUUUGCAAGAAUAUGCUUUAAAAAUGGGGAAACCAUUCAUUUAUGGUUCCACGCCGCAACAAGAACGUAUGAACAUCCUGCAAAAUUUCCAAUAUAAUGAUCAAAUUAAUACCAUCUUUCUAUCAAAAGUCGGUGAUACUUCCAUCGAUUUACCGGAAGCUACUUGUCUGAUUCAAAUAUCUUCACACUACGGUUCUCGUCGUCAAGAAGCGCAAAGACUAGGAAGAAUUUUAAGAGCUAAAAGACGUAAUGACGAAGGUUUCAAUGCGUUUUUUUAUUCCCUGGUUUCUAAGGACACUCAAGAAAUGUAUUAUUCAACAAAGAGACAAGCUUUUCUGGUGGAUCAAGGUUACGCAUUCAAAGUUAUUACACAUUUACACGGGAUGGAGAACAUUCCAAAUUUGGCAUAUGCUUCACCCAGGGAACGUAGAGAACUCCUGCAAGAAGUAUUGUUGAAGAACGAAGAGGCUGCUGGUAUUGAAGUUGGCGAUGACGCUGAUAAUUCUGUUGGGAGAGGUUCAAACGGUCACAAAAGGUUCAAAUCUAAGGCCGUUAGAGGCGAAGGUUCAUUGGCUGGCCUUGCUGGCGGUGAAGACAUGGCAUACAUGGAAUAUACUACGAACAAGAACAAAGAACUGAAGGAACAUCAUCCAUUAAUUAGAAAGAUGUAUUACAAGAAUUUAAAGAAGUGA